AUGUUCCUGCGCAGCGUGGCCGGGACACUGCCAGGUUUCCUUCCCCCAGUUCCCGUGGCGCCUGCAAAGGGAAGGUGUGUCCGGCGCGCUGCGGGGACGGACGAGGAGGCCGAGCUUCGGGAGCUGCGAUUCCGCGGCGUGGCCUUGCUCCUGGGCGCAACGGCCCUCCGGCGGCUUCAGCGAGCGCAUGCCGCGGUGCUGGGGCUCGGCGGCGUGGGCAGCUGGGUUGUCGAGGCCCUGGCCAGGAGCGGCCUUGGUGGGCUAACCCUGGUUGAUAUGGACGACAUCUGCAUCAGCAACACCAAUCGUCAGCUGCACACGCUCGGCCAGACCGUGGGGCGCCCCAAGGCUGAAGUCCUCGCCGAGAGGGUGAGGGAGAUCAACCCCGACUGCGUGGUUGACGUCGUGCAAGACUUCUUCGUGAGCGAGACCGAGAGUUUGAUCUUGGAUCGGAGGCGCUUUGAUGUCGUGGUUGACGCGAUCGACGGCGUGGCCAACAAGUGUCAGCUGAUCCAUGGCUGCCGGACCCGGCAGAUCCCGGUCGUGGUCUCGGGCGGCCUGGGCGGCAAGGUCGAUCCUACCCUCUUCCGCGAAGAGGACAUGACGCGUGUCGAAGGCGAUGGGCUUACCCGUCGCGUGCGCAAUACGCUGAGGCAGAGGUACGGCUAUCCGGCCGGCAGCCGCAAGAAGAAGAAGUGGGGCAUUCCGGUGGUUUUCAGCCCCGAGCCUCCACAGUUCUAUGGCCCGACGGCGAGUCAGGCCCCCAAAGGAAGGAAGACGUGCGACACGAGCUACGGCACCUUCUGCCCAGCUGCCGGUGCCCAAGGCUUCGCCCUGGCGGCGGCGGCUUUGCGGUUUGGCCCUCAGCUGGAGCGCUUGCAGGGGCUUGGCAGAGGGGGCGAGUACUUGUGUUCGAACUGCUCGUCGUUGUAUGAGGGUUCUAGACCUCCAGAAUUUCAGAAUUUCAAGGGUUCGGGGGGGUAA